AUCCAUCUCUUUAUCGGGUGCUGUGGCUACUCCGCUGCUCUCGUUCUCUCUAUCUACUCAUUUUUCUGUUUUGGACAGACCCACGCAAUCUGUAUCUUCGCCGGCGUUUAUUAUCCAAAACCAAAACCUCUUUCUCUGUAAACCCUAAGUAAGCCCCUUCUCAUUCCGGUAAUGGCAUCGACUUUCGCAGCUGGUUCCUUGGCUCCUCCUACAAGCGCUCGUCUCGUUGAUACCAAAUUCCGAAAGCUUUCGUCUUCGUCAUCUAUUGCAUCAACCCCUUCCUUUGCUGCGAGGCGUAACCUUUUGCUUAGAAGAACACCUUCUCCAUGGAGAAUCUCUGCCAUGGCCAAGGACUUGCAUUUCAACAAGGAUGGUUCCGCCAUUAAGAAGCUCCAGACUGGUGUUAACAAGCUCGCUGAUUUAGUUGGGGUUACACUGGGUCCAAAAGGCAGGAAUGUUGUGCUAGAGAGCAAGUAUGGCUCUCCCAAAAUUGUCAACGACGGUGUCACUGUCGCCAAGGAGGUUGAAUUGGAGGACCCUGUGGAGAACAUUGGAGCUAAAUUGGUUAGACAGGCAGCUGCAAAGACUAAUGAUUUGGCUGGUGACGGAACUACAACAUCAGUUGUUCUUGCUCAGGGUCUUAUUGCUGAAGGUGUCAAGGUUGUAGCAGCUGGGGCUAACCCUGUUUUAAUUACACGAGGGAUUGAGAAGACCACAAAAGCUCUUGUUUCCGAACUUAAGACCAUGUCUAAGGAGGUCGAAGACAGUGAAUUGGCGGAUGUUGCAGCUGUUAGUGCAGGAAACAACUAUGAGGUUGGUAAUAUGAUAGCUGAAGCCAUGAGCAAAGUGGGCCGGAAGGGCGUGGUGACCCUUGAAGAGGGAAAGAGUGCCGACAACAGUCUGUAUGUUGUUGAGGGAAUGCAAUUCGAUCGUGGUUAUAUCUCGCCUUAUUUUGUAACUGACAGUGAGAAAAUGGCAGUGGAGUACGACAACUGCAAGUUGCUAUUGGUAGAUAAGAAAAUAACCAAUGCAAGAGACCUUAUCAAUGUGCUGGAGGAUGCUAUCAGGGGUGGGUACCCAAUUGUGGUUAUUGCAGAAGACAUUGAGCAAGAAGCUUUAGCAACUCUGGUUGUGAACAAACUUAGAGGUGCUUUAAAGAUUGCUGCUCUCAAAGCUCCUGGUUUUGGUGAACGCAAGAGCCAGUACCUUGAUGACAUUGCUAUUCUCACUGGAGGAACUGUGAUCAGAGAUGAGGUGGGGCUCACCUUAGAUAAAGCAGAAAAGGAGGUUCUUGGCCAUGCCUCAAAGAUUGUUCUUACCAAGGAUUCCACCACAAUUGUUGGCGAUGGAAGCACGCAGGAAGCAGUUAACAAGCGAGUUGCACAGAUCAGAAACCUUAUCGAGGCUGCAGAGCAAGAUUAUGAAAAGGAGAAACUCAAUGAAAGAAUUGCAAAGUUAUCUGGUGGUGUUGCUGUGAUACAGGUUGGAGCACAAACUGAGACGGAGCUAAAAGAAAAGAAACUGAGAGUUGAAGAUGCUCUUAAUGCCACAAAGGCUGCUGUUGAGGAAGGGAUUGUAGUUGGUGGUGGAUGCACCCUGCUGAGACUUGCAUCGAAGGUGGAUACCAUCAAGGAUGGCCUUGAUAACGAUGAAGAGAAGGUGGGAGCGGAUAUUGUUAGAAGAGCUUUAAGUUAUCCACUGAAAUUAAUUGCGAAGAAUGCUGGUGUUAAUGGAAGCGUAGUUAGUGAGAAGGUGCUCUCCAGUGACAAUGUUAAGUAUGGAUAUAAUGCUGCCACUGGAAAAUAUGAAGAUUUAAUGGCUGCUGGAAUUAUUGAUCCAACAAAGGUAGUGAGAUGUUGCCUCGAGCAUGCUGCUUCGGUAGCAAAAACGUUCUUAAUGUCGGAUUGUGUGGUUGUGGAGAUUAAGGAGCCAGAGCCUGCCCCUGUGGGUAACCCCAUGGACAAUUCAGGAUAUGGAUAUUGAGAUCGUCGAGCACGAUUUGGCAGGGGGAGAAGAGUAGAAUAAGAUGAAAGAACGAUGGUAGCAGCAACAAAGGGUCAUUAGAUGGGGGAUUGAAAUGGGGGCUGAAUUUUUGUAUAAAUACAAGAUUCUGGAGAGAGGUUAGCUUUAGUUUGUUCUGGAGUGCGCGGCAUAUCAUAGUUUGGAAUUCGAUGUACAAUUAUUGCAAUGACCACAAACAUUUUUGAGUGCCAAAAAAAAGAACAAUAUUUUUCAUGUUAUGAAUUUCUGUAUAUUUUCUUAA